CGACUGCUUCUUGACAACGGUGCGGAUGUCAAUGCUCAAGGAGGCCAGUAUGGGACUGCUCUCCAGGCUGCCGCAUCGAAAGGGGAGAUGGAGAUCGUGCGACUGCUUCUUGACAACGGUGCGGAUGUCAACGCUCAAGGAGGUGAAUAUGGGACUGCUCUUCAGGCUGCUGCAUCGAAAGAGAGACGGAUAUUGUGCGACUGCUUCUUGACAUUGGCGCGAAUGUCGACGCUCAAGGAGGCCAAGGAGGCUGGUAUGGCACUGCUCUCCAGGCCGCCGCAUCGGGAGGGGAGAUGGAGAUCGUGCGACUGCUUCUUGACAAUGGUGUGGAUAUCAACGCUCAAGGAGGUGAAUAUGGGACUGCUCUCCAGGCCGCCGCAUUGA